CACACAAUCCAUUCAUUUGCGACGUUUCGACGCACAUGGAUAUUGCGUGUGUGUAAUUUAUGUUUUGGGUUGUUGAGUACACGUUGCAUCAGCCUAUAUGUGUAGACCUUUAUAAUGUUUAUGUUGCCUUGUUUUAGCUACAUGUUUAGAAAGUGAUUGAUUUUAUUACAGGCAGUUAAGGUUCAGAUGUGUAUGAUAACAUCGGUCGGAAUUCAGCAAAUUAAUUAUAGUUGUUUAUUGUGAUGAGUUGAUUGAGCAGAAGCCAUACUGCUAGCUGCAUCGAUAUGAAUGAGCAAGCACUCGAGGGACUUGGAUCUUUCGCAACUGCUGAAGAUCGCAACAGGGCCUUGGCGUACUUUGAGCAGCUGAAGCAGUCUGACAAUGGAUGGAAGUUGUGCGCGGAAGCCAUCACUCAAGGCGUCUAUGAGAAUGAUCACAUCAAGUUCUUCUGUUUUCAAGUUCUGGAACAUUUUGUCAAUGAGAGAUAUGUGACGGCAGACCCUGCCGAUCAGCAGCUCUUGAAACAAACCUUGAUGACAUGGCUUCAUAUGCAGACGAUGGCUACCCAAGAAGAGAAGAGCUUUGUGAGGAACAAGGCAGCUCAACUCUUCUCCCUCAUGUUCAUCAAUGACUACCCACACAGAUGGCCAACGUUCUUCUCCGACCUCCUGCAGAUGCUGCAGGUUGGGGAAGCGGCCAUCGAUAUGUACCUCAGGGUGUUGCUGGCCAUCGACACUGAGGUUGUUGACAGGGAGAUCAUACACACCCAAGAGGAGACAUUAAGGAAUAAUCAACUCAAGGAUGAUAUGAGAGAGAGGUGCAUUCAAGACCUGGUGAAUUCCUGGUUCCAGAUACUUAAAAACUAUGAAUCUUCCAACCCCGAGCUAGCCUGUCUGUGCCUGGAGGUCGUCGGUGUCUACGUAUCGUGGAUCGACAUCAGCUUGAUAGCCAACGAGCGCUUCGUGGGCCUCCUCCUCCAUCACCUGUCCAUCGAUGUCCUGAGGGAGAGUGCUUGUGACUGCUUCCAUGAGAUCAUUGAGAAGGGCAUGGAUCCGGUGGCCAAGACUGAACUGGUGGAAUCUGUGACCAAAGUCCUGCAGGACUCUGGAGUCAUACCACCUUCAGGGGAAGAAGACAUAGAUUUUGUAGCAAAGCUGUCCAAACUCACCAACGGCAUUGGAUGCAACCUCAUAUCAUCGUGGCAAAAACUGGUGAAGAGUAAGAACUCUGUUGGAGCUCUGAAUACAUUACAAGCCAUAGAUAGUAAACUACCCCUGCUCUUCAUGUUCCUUGGUCAUGAAGACGAUGACAUCUCGUUAGCCGUAUCAGAGUUUGCCAGGGACUAUAUAGGUAUUCUAAAACAGAUUGGUACUCUGAAUGAGAGCCAGAUUGCCAAUGCACAGAGACUCCUUCUCAUUCUCCUUGAUAAGUUCCGUUACGAUGAGACGUACAACUUUGACGCCCAGGGAGAAGAUGAGAUCAUGUUCAUCGACUACCGCCGUCAGCUCAAAGUCCUCUUCGACAACCUCGCACAGCUCAACCAGGACAUGGUACUUUCUAGUGUCCAUUCUGUCGUCAUGGAGACGUUAGGGCAUUGGAGGAGUAAGAAGUUCACCGAUGUGGAGCUGGCUGUGAGAUUACUGUACCUGUUAGGUGAGGCCAUUCCUGCCAAAGAGGGAAACCAUUUUGUAGGAGACUCUGCAAGGACAGAACCUAUCAAGGAGAUGAUGAGAAUGUUGGUAUCUUCAGGAGUAGUUGGGCAUUCACAUUGGGCUGUCACAUUACAAGUGUAUGAGACGGUUGUCCGCUACGAGAGGUUCUUCAACCACGAACCCCAGCACAUCCCCGAUAUCCUGGUCACUUUCCUAGAUGACCGUGGUCUGAGACAUCGUCAUCCUACGGUCAGGAGCAGGUCAGCGUACCUCUUCACCCGCUUCAUCAAGUCACUCAAGCAUCAUCUGAGUAACUUCACAGAAGAGAUCCUGAAGAGGAUACAGGACCUUCUCAUCAUUGUCUUACCAGAGAAUGGUCAUCCUCCGUUAUUGACUACAGAUGAUCAGCUGUUCCUCUAUGAAGUAGCAGGGGUUAUCAUCACAUGUAGUGCCGUUGGACCAGAGAAGAAGCAGAUUCUUCUGAGGAAUGUACUAGCACCCAUCAUAGACAAGUUCAACACCCUCUAUCCUAAGUUAUGUUCAGAGACGGAUGAGCAACGUCAAGUUCUCUUUGCAGAGAUCAUUGCUCACGCCAUAGCUUGCACCAGUCGCACCAGCAAGGCAUUCCAUUCCCAGCUGACCAUCAAGCAAUGCGGCAUCGAGACGUGCUACACCGAUGCCUUGGACGUCUUCCUGAGGGCUUUAGACGUGCCCCACCAGCUCGGCAUCGUCCACGCCUCGGUGAGGCAGUAUCUUCACAGGAUGGUCGUGUGUCUGGAGGAAGACGUGUUGCCUUACGUACCCGUAGCCGUAGAGCAUCUCUUGAAGAAGUCGGAAGCCAGGGACCUGCACAAGUUCAUGCCCCUUAUCAAUCAGAUCAUCUCAAAGUUCAAGAAAACCAUCAUCCGGUUCCUGCAAGCAGUGUUCAUGCCCAUUGUGAGGACCAUAGAUACCGUCCUCAAGCAACCAGCUGAAGAAGCUGACACCCAAGCCACCAUUGAUAAGCAAACGUUGAGGAGAUGCUACUUUCAGUUCCUUCAAUGCAUUGCAAUGAACGAUUGCCUAGAAGUCAUUAGUCACCAAGAGCAACCAUGUUUUGAAGAGGUGUUACUGAGCGUGGUACGAGCCACAAUUGAAGAACCAGAUCCUGUGAUGAUCAAGACAUGUUUCAACAUCCUGAAGAGAUUGAUAGAGUCUUGGGGUGGUAACGGAGGGAUGCCUCUCUUCAGAGACUUCAUCUACAAGUACGUCAUCCCUGCCUGUUUCUUAGCUCCCCUCCAGAAGACCUUUGACCUCACUGAUGCACAAACCGUCAUGGCCUUAGCUGAAGCUUCAACAGUACUUAAGAGUAUCUACACUAAAGAUGGAUUAAACCUGAUCCAGUUUCUACAAACAGAAUGUUUCUUGUCUCUGCCAGUCCAUGUGGACACAGACUCCGCCCAGGCAUUUUGUCAAGCACUCCAAGAAAUGGAUGGCAAAAAUUUCAAGGGUUUUUGCAAGAUGUUCUUUGAAUCUGCCAAAAAAUCAGUGAUAGCUUCAUGACACAGGGAGAAUGUUUCGUGCUGAGCAUGUUUGAUGCUGACCAUGCAAUGUGUGCUUGUUCAUAGCAAAGAACAAACAGUACCAUACAUGGACAGACAAUGACAUACGAGAACAUUAUGGGAUACAUGUAACUUCAAUGCAAGCCUGUAAAUAGAAAGUUAUUUUAAAGCAUUGUAUCAAGAAGUCGUUACCAGGGAAAGUAUACAAUCAUCAAAUGAUGUGGAUUUUUUUAAAAACGUCUCUGACCUUUGCUGCAAAUUACGAUAGGCAUUUAACCACUACAAGGUCAACCAUGAGCGAUGGAUGACGCAACAAGACCUUGUAUGAGGAGUUCUGCAAAGCAGCAGUUUAUUACUCUUCAGAUUGUUUGAGUCACACUGGAAGAGAAAGCACCUAAUUCGUACCCCGUUCGACUCUUCUUCUUGCAAGCCACUGUGAAUCAGACUCAUCAUGAUAUGGACAAAAUCAUGAAUUUACUUAUUCACUGCUUACAUAAGUUUAAUGUGAUUGAUGAUGUUGCUAAAAGAGUCAGACGAUGAAUUCUUGUAUUAAUUUCUCUUUCUUUAAUACGAAAGAGGUUCCAUACUUGUUAUUUUAAGACAGGUGAUCUUUAUAUUGCAGAUCUCAUUGUUUCUGAAAUCAAAUGGAGGAUUCAGAUUCCAAUUUAAUGAGGGGUUAUCCAAAGAAAUCAUGCUAAAUAAAAGAGAGACAAUAUUUUGUUUUGCCCGUGAACACCCUUAGUUUCUAAAAUAUUUUCAUUCUAUUAUGUUCAGUACUCUUUUUAUUUUCGCUUUACAUUCUUUGUUUUCUUCUCCUUAUCAGCAAUAUACUUUCUUGACAAAGCUAACAUCUAGAGAAUGUAAAAGAUAUAUAGUAUUACUUGUUUUGACUAAAUCAAUAUGAUACAUAUUAGUUCUCAUCACGUUAUCUUAUUAGACUUAUUUCAUGCAUAAGAACAAACAAUGCUCUGUAAAUUGUGCCUUUAGUAAAUGAAAUUUUACUUCCUAUAUAUAUAUAUCAAAGAAAAUGUCAAGUUCUUUUGGUUUUUCUAUCUUUUAGUCACAUGUCUUCAUGGAUAAACUCUAAGAGAGUCUUGUCGAGUUCUAUCAUAAUUAUUUCAACUCUAAAAAUCAUGUCAGGAAAAGUUUUCUUUGAUUUGGUGAAUGGACACUUUAGCAAAAUCAAUAAAAUACAUGAAUGAGUAAUUUGUCACUCUAGUGCAUCUUCUGGAAUACUAAAACCAACUUUAUGAUUGAUUAUAUUUUGUAACAUGAACUUGAGCCAUUAAUGGUAUUCCUGUAAUCAUGAGAUAAGCGUAUCGAGAAAUAAGUUUAAAGAAAAACAAAGUUUCAGUCAUAGUAUUAUUUACUGAUAUCAGACUUGCCAGAAUGUGUAUUGCUUGUCCACAUUCACUUUUAUUUGUCUGGAUAGACCACACUAUUUUAAUUUAUGAAGAAGAUAUAUAUUUUGUUUUGAUUGACACUGUCAACUUUUAUUUGAAUUUUAUGGACAUGUUUCAAAGUAAAGGAGAUGUAGGUCAAAGGUAAAUGUCAGAUUGAGGGACCAUUUUUUAUCCUUGGGUUAAAGAAUAUGAGUUUUUAUGUUUCUUUUUUAAUGAUAACAAAGAUAAGUAUGUCAAAUAAAAUGUCAAAUAAAGGUAUUAAAACAAGUAUAUAUUUUUUAAUUAUUUUACUUUAAUCCUAGGGUUUAUAUACAGGGUUGUGAAUUAUCAGGUAUUGAGCAGUGACAUCCAUUUUAAUCUAUACAGUUAUACAAACAUGCAAAAUAUGUGUUCUCUAUCUUUUAUUGAUUUAUAAUUAAUUGGUACUGUUGUUGCGACAAUAGCAUUUUUAAUUUAAAUUAAAGGGAAGUAUUGAAUGGAAUGGCUGUAGCAAUGUGAUAAUUGAUAUCUUCAUUUACUGCAUAAAGAUAAAAAUGGGAGUGACUUUAAACCAUUUAUCAGUAUAGUUAUUGCUAUAGUCAUCAUAAAUAUUAUCGAUGAGGUCUUGUUUGAGCAGACAAUAUAUCAAUAUGAUGGCUGUUGUCAUAUCAGUGAAGAUAGGUUGAACUUUAUGUAUGACGCAAGUAAUCAACACUUCUUCUGAGGAACAGCUGUUCACAUCAAAUGUGUAUCUUCUGUCUUGGAGCACCGUGGUAUAUUGCUGAAGGCUCGACUUGUACGAGAGGUCCUGGGUUCAAUCCUUGCUCGGUGCUUACAUCCUUGGACAAGGUGUUUUGCCCAAGUUUGUGUCCCUUGAUCCAGGUGUUAAAAAUUUGUACCUGGCACUUGACAAUGCUGGGCUAAAGAUAAUCGCAGGGCCACAAGGAAGAUUUAUGGGGUCCACUCAUUUAUAUAUUUUGUUUUAAUUGGUUUUAUAAGAUGACUAUAUAGGAAGAGGAAGAAAAUAAUGAGUUGUUUAGGUUAUUUUAUUCUAUGAAAAAUAAAUACCAAACCUUGCUUUAAUUUACUGUGAAUGGCAGUUAUUUGUUUUGUUUUAGCGAUUGAUAAAAUAACAAAUCUAAAUCUCUGCAACACAAUACAUAGGAUGGUCCAUUGUUGAUUAUGUAGAGAUUGGUUAAUUUUGUUUGUGUGGGGGGGGGGGGGGUGUUCUUUCUUUAUACAAUUACGCCAUCCAAUUUGUUUAUUUUACUCCACAAUUGAAUACAAUAAUUUGUAACAGAUGAAUGAAAUAAUUGGUAUCAUAAUAGGUAUCGAGGCAUUUGACAAAGACAUAUGCAUUAGAUUUGGUUUGUUGAGGAUAAGCCAGUUCUGAUUUGAUAAUAGUCUCAUUAAAUGUCUCAUCUGAUUUGUUGAACAGAUUUGUAAACAUGUUUGUUAUUUUGCUGGCAUUAAGUUAUUUAGGGCUGGCAUUAAGUUAUUUAUGGCUGGCUUUAAAUUAAUUCAUGCUGCACUAUUUUGUAUGAUUUUUUGCCUUCUUAUUCUACAUAUAUUUGUUGUUUGAUUGGGUAUAACCAUGCUGAAAAUUGCAAUAUGUUCAUUUUGUUUCUCAGUAUUUUCUAUGAGUACAAUUGAAAUGCUUGAUUUUAUUUCCAAUUGGCAGGGACCAUACUAUUUCAUGCUCAUUAUCAUCACUUAAUUUGUGAUAAAAUUUACUUUGAUUUCAGUUGUCAUUUGAACAAAAAAAUGUUGAAAAUAACUAGUCUACCUUGGACAUGAUCGCAAAGAAUUUAUGAAAUGAAUUCUUGGGCAUAAUCAAUAGGUUAGUGCAUUAUCUAUUAUUUGUACAAUUCAUAUAAUAACUGCUUGCUAAAUAGUGAAAUAUUUUCUAAAUAAAUUCAAAAAUUUAUUGAAAUUGCUUUAUAGUUCAUUCUUGAAA